UUGAGCAUGCGCAAACAGCUUGAGCAAAUGUCCGCCAUCAAAGUAUCCUGAAAAUGUCCAAUUGUAAUAUUUAAUCUGACAACCACGCCAAUAUUCACCGCUAAGCACCACUUCUUAAGGGGCAACAUACAUCGCACGUGACAUGUGCCUAUAAAUCUGCUCAAAAUUGGUCAUAUCAACGCCGCUGCCUCCAUUUGUGCUAUAAAGUAUCGAAGCUGUUGACAGUAACUGAGUUGGAGAGCUCAUCAAUCACCGAUGUCCUCUCAAGCAGGCAUUACGGACACAACAAUGUUCUCCAACGGUGCUCUGUCACCACCUGGCGGCAAGCUGGCGACUAACAGGUGGAGACUGAAUUACGUCACGGGGGACCUGUUCUCGUGUCCCGCAGAUGAGGCUCUGGCCCACUGCAUCAGUGAGGACUGCCGCAUGGGGGCAGGCAUUGCACUGAUGUUCAAGCGGAAGUUCAGAGGAGUCGAAGAGCUAAAGGGACAGAAGAAGCUGGUAGGACAGUGUGCUGUACUGAAAAGAGACGGGCGUUUGGUUUAUUAUCUGAUCACAAAGAAGAAGGCAAGCCAAAAACCAACCUAUGACAGUUUGAGACAGAGCUUGGAGGACAUGAAAGUGCACUGUAUCAAAAACGGAGUCACACAAAUUUCAAUGCCUCGUAUCGGCUGUGGUCUGGAUCGGUUGAAUUGGGAAAGAGUUUCAGAGAUGUUGGAAGAGAUCUUUGAGUCCACAGACGUCUCCGUCACUGUCUACAGCCUUCCUGUGAAUGCUGAAACCACGGUGAUGAAGGAACACAUGCGCAGAUGAUUAUCGAAAAUGUGCGCUAGUGGCAAUAGUUAUUUUUUGCGCACGUUUGUUAGAUUGUACUUUUUUUUAAACUAUAUGUGGUUCUGACACAUGUUGUCAUUGAAUAAUAAAAUGUCUUUUUUUGCACAUUCA